AUGAGCCAUGCGAGGGUGCAAAGAGACUGCCGUAAACACAGUCGCGGAGUCCGUCGCAGAAAAUUAAAGAGAAACAUUCCACCGAGUGAAAUGGUGGGUCUGGGCAGCGACGAGCUAUUCGUUUCGAACAUUGCCGAUGACAACAUGGAGUUGGAGUUCAGCUCCGAGGACGAGAGCGACGAGGGCGGAAAGGCUGAUGUACAGCGGCUGAUAUCGUCACCGGUAAACAGCGAUGGCAUCGUCUACAUCGGCGGCAAGCGAGACAGCCAGAAGAACGAGACUGCAAACGUGGACGACGAGAACGUGUGGUCCAUAUCCAUCCAGAUGUUCAUACCUUUUUUACUAGCCGGUUUUGGCAUGGUCGCUGCCAGUUUGCUGCUAGAUCUGGUGCAGCAUUGGCCGGUAUAUCAGGUGGUGUCCGAAGUAUACAUAUUAGUUCCUGCACUAUUGGGCCUGAAGGGCAACCUGGAGAUGACGUUGGCCUCCAGAUUGUCGACCCAAGCCAACCUAGGUCAGAUGGACACGAAGAAGCAGCAAUGGACACUGAUCGUUGGCAAUCUAGCGUUGAUCCAGUGUCAGGCGAUGGUGGUGGGUUUGCUGGCAUCCUUAGCUGCUGUGAUCCUCGGUUGGGUACCCGAAGCUCACUUCGACAUACACCACGGGCUCUUGCUGUGCGCCAGUGCCUUGGUCACUGCUUCUGUGGCCAGUUUCCUGCUGGGUCUCGUGAUGGUCGCGGUGAUAUUGUUGUCGCGGCAAAUGAACAUCAAUCCCGAUAACGUUGCCACUCCGAUCGCGGCCUCCUUAGGGGAUCUAACUACCUUAGCGCUUUUAUCCUGGAUUGCUUCUCUGUUGUACAAUGCGAUAGGUUACGCUCCAUGGAUAGCCCCGACGUUGAUUACAUUUUGUAUAUUCGCGACGCCAGUGUGGGGCUACAUAGCAGCUAGAAAUCCAUUCACUAAAGAGGUACUGGAUUACGGCUGGACGCCUGUGAUAUCCGCGAUGUUAAUCAGCAGUCUCGGUGGACUGAUCUUGGACUACACCAUAUCGAGCUACAAAGGCAUAGCGGUGUUCCAAUUAGUAAUUAACGGCGUUGGGGGUAACUUAGUCGCCGUUCAGGCCAGUAGAAUAUCGACGUCUUUGCACAAAGACUGUCACACCGGUGUUCAAGGGACCCUUAACGUUUGCGUCAGUCCGUUCCACGCGUUCUUCGCUAAAGGAGGACACGCGAGAACAGCCAGGGUAUUGUUAAUGAUGGUGAUACCAGGACACCUGAUUUUUAGUUAUACUAUUAGUUACCUUCAAGCUGGACAUACCUCGUUUACGCCUAUAUUUAUUACGAUAUAUUUGAUCGCUGCAAUGUUGCAGGUGAUUCUGUUGUUAUACAUCGCGCAAUUGAUGGUUACUUGGAUGUGGACGAGGGGUAUGGAUCCGGACAGUUCCGCGAUACCGUACUUAACGGCGGCUGGCGACCUUAUAGGAACCGCACUCCUUGGAAUUGCCUUCCAUAUCUUGUACGCGAUAGGCGACGGCGAUUCUGACGUAGGAGAUUGAUCAGUUCGAAAAUCCGUGCAAUACUCCGAAUUGUUCACGUUGACGUUACAGGUCAUAGUCUUCGAAACCUUUGUUCCUCGGAGGACCACGAUGAGAAAUUCGAGUCGAAUUAGCGAAGCCUGCGACGCGCGACGCCGGCCGAUUCGAGAUUAACAGUGGCACUCCGACUGUGCAGUGAGUUUUUACUGUUGUCAUUUUAAAGGAAGCUUUUCAUUUGAACGUCUCUUCAUAUGAAAAGAGUACAAAUUAAAGUAAGCAUAUAUUUAUUGCAAAGAUGCACUGGAUUUAAACAAGAGACAGUAUUUGCUAAUACUAUAUAUACAUAGUUUCGGUUUUAUCGUUACGAUUACGUUCUUAUUGCAAAGAAAAAAGAUAACGAUAUGAACUAUAUUUCGUGCUACAGUUUGAUCAAAACUACAUAAGUGUAUAUAUAUACUGUCAUAACAAAAUAUUUUCUUAAACUCAAUUAUUUCGCGAUCGAAAAAUUCCUGUAUACAUAAAUUAACUGAACAAAUUUCGAUUAUAUACAAUUAAUUCAAUUGUACGGAACAGACAGUGGAUUCACAUCAUGGAAACGUUAAAUAAGGACUUUUUAUUAAUUUUUAUAUAUCUAUAUAUUAUUGUAUUAUAUUUCUCGUGUCACAUACGUAUACAUAUUUGACGUGAUAUUGAAAUGAAAGAAUUUAUUAGCGGUACGAUCAACUUUUUCCGCAGUGUGCAUUUUUGCCACUCACACGGAAUGACUUUGAAGGAUAUAUAUCGUACGGAAUUAUCCGAAUUGAUUUAAUUCACGAGAAAAAGAUAAAAUUCGUUUAAUAUUAUAUUAUAAUUAUCUUUCGCGCUGUUGGAUAUGGUAUAACUUGUUUGUUACGUUCCGUAUAUUCGGAAAAAUAUAAGGGGAUAAGUGUUACAGUAUUUCGCAUUAAGAAUUAUAGGUGCUAAUAAGAUCUUGUGGAAACAGAUCUAAUGAUAAUUCGGAUGUAUAAAAAUAACGUGUAUAAUAGAUGUACGUAACUUUUCUCCUCUCCUGGUGUCACCGAAGGAAGUAAAACACCAGACAAAUGGAUUCUUUUGUUGUAGACUAUCAUUAAAAACGUUUAUCAAGCAGGAACACUCUUUUGAGAUUAAGCAAGAUUGAGAGUGUAACAUGUUAAUACGUGCGAUACGUUGCUAAGAACAUUUUGUUAACGUUCAGAUAAUAUUACCGUAAAUGAAGUUGGUCUCUUGAGAAGUUACUGCGUGAAAGAUAAAGUUGAAAUAAACUGAAGCUCUUUAUCAAUAUUUUCCAGUGCCUAAAAUGUAUGUAUUAUGGAAGUCCGAGAUAACGGCGUCAUUCGACGAGAGAGAAUUUACUUACUGUAUACAUAUACAUCACUAUGUACGAUAACAAAAUCCAGCACAACGAUUUGUUACGUUUGUACGAAACAAUAAAGUCUCUUAUUGAUAGA